AUGCCCCCACAAUCAAUCCAGGAUAGCAAUUACGAAUCUUCUCCAGGUCAAGCGCGAAUUUACUACCGAGAUCAAUAUCAAUACCGCAGCGACACGGCUGGUACAUAUCAUUCGUCCUCAUCGUCUUCUGGACAUAAUUCAUACGAAUCCCUUCCGGACGCUUCUAGUGUCGAGACUUCUCGACGCCAAGAGACCAUCGAAAAUGUUCGCCGUCGAUAUAACAUUCCCGACGGUAUUCCUGUCAAUCUAAAUGCUAUUCCUGAUCCUCCCCUUGGUCAAAAGCCUUCCGAGAAGCAUGCCAAACUUGUUCAUCUAGCUAUUGCUGGGAGUCCGAACCUCAGGUUGUCACUGAGAGAGAUAUAUCAUGCUAUCGAAGAACGUUUUCCAUACUACAAGAACCUCGCAGACAAGAAAUGGCAGGGAUCUAUACGACAUAUGUUAUCUUUGAAGGCGGAGUUCAUUUCGACGCCUCGACCUAUCACAGAACCUGGUCAAGGACAGUAUUGGUCUUUGAACAUGAACAUGACUGGAGACAAGCGUGUUCGCAAACGU